CCCAGAGAGCCAAGACAGAGCUAACAGCAAAGCUCUUGUCUUCUGUGACUUUCUGUCUACUUGUUUUGUUUUCAAUAGGAAUAGUGUGUCAUCGUAGCUAGCUAUUGUUCUCAGAAGUCCAUGCCAAUGGCAUCUGUCUCUUCCUCCAGCUCCAUAAGCUUGUGGUCCUUGUGUAUGUUGCUGGUGAUCUCAGGGACGGCGUCUGCUCAGCUAUCCUCUACUUACUACUCCACCUCAUGCCCCGAAGCCCUAUCCACCAUCAAAUCUGCGGUGACCUCUGCUGUAGCUAAAGAGCGUCGCAUGGGCGCCUCCUUGCUCCGUCUCCAUUUCCACGAUUGCUUCGUCAAUGGAUGCGAUGGUUCUAUUCUGCUGGACGAUACCACGAGCUUUACAGGGGAGAAGACGGCAACACCCAACGCGAAUUCAUUGCGAGGGUUUGAUGUUAUCGACACCAUUAAAAGUCAAGUAGAGAGUGUUUGCGCGGGAGUUGUUUCCUGUGCAGACAUUCUCGCUGUUGCAGCUCGGGACUCCGUUGUUGCUUUGGGUGGGCCUACAUGGACUGUACAGUUGGGCAGAAGAGAUGCGACCACUGCAAGUCUAAGUGCUGCAAACAGCGAUAUCCCUGCCCCAACCUUGGAUCUUAGUGGCCUUAUAUCUGCCUUCUCAAACAAAGGUUUCACUGCCAAAGAGAUGGUCGCUCUUUCAGGAGCUCAUACCAUUGGGCAAGCUAGGUGCACAAGCUUCCGUGAUCGUAUCUACAACGAGACCAACAUCAAUUCUUCAUUUGCGACAUCGUUGAAGUCAAAGUGCCCAAGUGCAGGUGGAGACAACAACCUCUCUCCUCUUGACGCUACAAGCGCUACAACUUUUGAUAAUGCCUAUUUCACGAAUUUGGUGAACAACAAGGGCCUCUUACACUCGGAUCAGCAGCUCUACAAUUCUGGCUCGACGGACUCUCAAGUUAGCUCCUACAGCAGCAACUCUGCAACUUUCUUUUCGGAUUUCGCAAGCGCUAUGGUGAAGAUGGGCAACCUUAGCCCACUUACCGGCAGUAGUGGUGAAGUAAGGACCAAUUGCAGGAAAACCAACUAAGCCUAGUAGAGAUCACCACUACUGUUGUGUGUUGUCGGAGUUGUACCUCCUUCAUUCUUUUAAGUUUUUAGUUUCUCUUGGCUUCUUUGGAGCGCAGAUUUAGCUAGCUUAAUUAAGAAAGAAAAUAAAUUGGGUUUGGUGUAUUAAUAUUAAUGGCCGGGCAGUGGUGUUCAUAAGAUUGUACUGUUGUUCUUUUUAAAGUUGCUUUUACUAGCUUGGUUCUUUUGGCUACA